UACUUGUAAUAUCCAUUAUUUUCAGCUCCCAAUCCUACUCUCAGUCACCCACAAGAAUCUAGUCGUCAUGGAAUUUACAUCCAUGUUUCAGUUUUGCUUUCUAGCUUCCAUUUCCCUCAUCUUUCUUAUUCAUUAUCUUAUCAAAUUCUACAAUUCAAGUUGCCGGAAACUGCCUCUCCCGCCUGGCACCUUGGGUUGGCCUUACAUUGGCGAGACCUUUCAACUCUACUCUCAGAACCCAAAUGUCUUCUUUACCUCAAAACAAAAGAGGUAUGGCUCAAUCUUCAAGACCCACAUAUUGGGGUGUCCCUGUGUGAUGAUCUCUAGCCCGGAAGCCGCGAAAUUCGUGCUGGUGACGAGAGCUCAUCUCUUUAAGCCCACUUAUCCUGCAAGCAAAGAGAGGAUGCUGGGGAAACAAGCCAUCUUCUUUCACCAGGGAGACUACCAUGCCAAAUUGAGGAAGCUUGUUCUUCGUGCCUUCAUGCCCGAAGCAAUCAGAAACAUCGUCCCCGACAUCGAAGCCAUCGCCAAAGAUACUCUCCAAUCUUGGGAAGGCCGGUUAAUCAACACUUUCCAAGAAAUGAAGAUAUUUGCAUUCAAUGUUGCCCUGCUUUCCAUAUUUGGGAAAGAUGAGGUUCUCUACCGAGAGGAUCUGAAGCGGUGCUACUACAUUCUUGAGAAAGGGUACAACUCAAUGCCCAUUAGUCUACCUGGCACACCCUUCAACAAAUCCAUGAAAGCAAGAGAGGAGCUUGCUCAGAUCUUGGCCAAAAUCCUCUCCACCAGGAGGCAGAUGAAGCUCGACCACAACGACUUGCUCGGAUCUUUCAUGGGUGAAAAAGAAGGCCUUACUGACGAGCAGAUUGCCGACAACAUCAUCGGAGUCAUAUUCGCAGCUCGUGAUACCACCGCCAGCAUUCUGACAUGGAUCCUCAAGUAUCUUGGCGAGAACCCCAGUGUUCUUCAGGCAGUCACUGAAGAGCAGGAGGCCAUAAUGAGGAGUAAAGAAGGGAGUAUUGCAGAGAAUGUUCUCUCUUGGGCAGAUACCAAAAAGAUGCCAAUCACUUCAAGAGUAAUCCAGGAGACACUUAGAGUUGCCUCAAUUCUAUCAUUUACUUUCAGGGAGGCAGUAGAAGAUGUAGAGUAUGAAGGAUAUCUUAUACCCAAGGGAUGGAAAGUUUUGCCACUCUUCAGAAACAUUCACCACAGCCCAGACUUCUUCCCAGAGCCUGAGAAAUUUGAUCCCUCAAGAUUUGAGGUUGCUCCAAAGCCCAAUACUUUUAUGCCAUUUGGCAAUGGGAUCCACUCCUGUCCUGGGAAUGAGUUAGCAAAAUUUGAAAUAUUAGUCAUUCUCCAUCACCUGACCACAAAGUACAGGUGGUCUAUGGUUGGUACACAGAAUGGGAUUCAGUAUAGCCCUUUUCCUCUUCCCCAGGAUGGUUUGCCCAUCAGAUUCUCUCUGAAGAGAGAGACUACUCCAGAAAACUAGUUCCAAGCACAAUAAUGACCUUCUAUAUACAGAAAGAAAGGAAUCAACAAUUGAAGAAAGAAAAACUCCUCCAUUAAUUUUGGGACAAGACACCGAAAGGAACAAAUUUAAAUAUUAGAAUGCCAAAGGAAAAGCCAAGUGUACAGAAGAGCAUUGUUUUUCUUUUCUUUAAAGGGAUGAGGAGAAAAGUUCCUCAGGGUUUAGGUUGGUUUAUAUAGAUCUAGGAAGGGUCUUGUUAUCUGCUUACCAAUAUAAUGUGCCGCAAGGCAUCGGUUUUAAAUUCAAUGACCAAGAUUUUGAUUC